GCCAAAUAUCUCAUUCGAUUGGGAACGUGACCCUAAGCGCUGCCGUGGAACAUGCGCUCAGAGUCACGGCGCACAUCCGCUCGUUGUCCUCCCGAACAAAGAAGAAUGAACAAUCACCCAACGCCUGCUACAGUAGUAUGUUAUAAAUUGAAUUCCCAUAAAUAUCAGUCAGAUGUAGCGUCUCUAAACUGAUUCAACCUUCAUCUUCCAAAAUCAAAUCCUUCAUCUACGAGAAAUGGCGCCCGUCAUCAAGCACAAUAUGGUGGACAGUAUCGCGAACUUGGUGUUGAAGGCGAAAGCUCAAUUCUCCAAUCUGCUGCAAAUCGCCCAGGGCUCAUCAUCUCAUCCUUCACCUCUGAAAAUUGUCCGAAAGCUUGAGGAUGAGCAGGUUAGGUUCAAAGUUUGGGCUGGAAACGUUGGCGCGCACAAAACCGACCGCUCCUCCCUUGAGUAUCGACUCCGCGAUACGUCGCAGUUAAGACUUCUUGUUCGGAAGCUCCUGACGGAACUUAUCGAAAACAUUGAUGAUGCUAUCAAGGCUUUCAAGGACAUGGAAUCGCCACCAAGCACGCUCGAUGGUAGCAGCCAGAGCCAUGAGGACAUAGUCGCAGAGCUUGACGCAAUCAUGGAAGUCUUUCCUGAUAUCAUCAAUUGUCUCAUGCGACUCGUUAUCAUGAUUCAGAACCCAACGCGAUCGGACCGCUUCAGUGGAGCGAAGCUUACAGACACCACGGAGUAUGAGCAUUACGAUAUCCAACACGUGAGCGCAAAAUUCGAGGGAAUUGAUGAUCAGCUUGCGCAGCUCCUAGGAAAGGCAAACUCGAGGCGGCGUCAGUACUUCAAGUAUAGGGAGGCUCAUCACAAGAAGCUUUCGCAUCUCAUGGAUGACCAGGCAGAUACCAACAGGACGGAGAUCCUACAGAGCACAGUGGCAUCUUCUAUCCCCGAUUACUUGAAGCAACUUUCGCAGAUUGAUAAGUAUGAUGAAUCUUUUUCAAGAGAAGAGAUGGCUUCCGUGACCUCGUACGAAGCUUCAUCCAUAGGUGACCCACAAGCAAGAUCAAUCCCAGAUCUUCCAAAGGAAGCAUAUGACGGACCAUUUGAAUGCCAAUUUUGCUUCAUGCUCGUGGAGAUAAGAGACACUCAUGCUUGGAGACAACAUGUAUACGACGACCUACGUCCGUACAACUGCCUGGCCGAAGACUGCAUUACGCCAGGUAGAGAGUUCGGCAAGAGACAUCAGUGGAUGGAACACAUGCUGCAGCGUCACUUAAGGGUAUGGCGAUGCCCUUUCGAUUGCGACCGUACCUUCAAUUCUGCGUCUCAGUCUGCAGCACACUUGGAGACACAACAUCGGAAGAUGGUACGCGACGACCAGAUCGACAACCUAGUUAUGCUGAGUUCUCAACCCUUGGAUGAGGGCGCGAAAGUUCCUUGUCCACUUUGUUUCGAGACCAUGUCAUCGCUGCAGAACUACCAACGUCAUGUUGGUAAGCAUCAACGGCAGCUAGCCUUGUUUGCCCUUCCCAUCAACAAUGAUUCGGAUGAAGAUACCUCAAAGAUUGGCAAGGCUACGGAGGAAAACUCAGGUUUUGACUCAAACACUGAUUACUCAGAGAAUGAGGACGAGCUAGAGCCUGAACUCUCGGCCGCGGAAAAUUGGGAGCAACAGGUCGAAACGCCGCCAGAAGAACAGCGUGGGCACCAGCCAGCCCCAUCAACCUCGAGUAGUCGAGCUUCAUCACCUGUCAGAAUGAACGAAUACUUCGUGCCACAAGACGGCAUAGAUCGGGAGGUCAUCACUACUGAUGUCCGCCACCAUCUCGGAGACGACGCCUCAGUGAGCCCUGGACAUUAUGAAGACAUGAUUGACGAUUUGAAGGCUGACUCUGCACGAUGGGGAGCGGAGAGGCAGCGGCGAGCAGCACAAAGUCCUGCAGGUAUGAGCAGUGGUAGGAAACCUGAAUAUCUGGAACGAGCUCACGCGUUUGCAGCCGAAACCUCGUCGCCUGAUGGAUCCCUUUCUUAUCCCAAGCAAUACUCCGGCCUUCCAGCGCCUGAGUAUCAGACCGAGAUAGAACAAGAAGCGUACAGCAAGGCGAAAGAUUAUUCCACGUCCGCGUUGAUGCAAAAAUAUAUAGAGGACACAGAUGAUCUUCAAGAUCGGCUCAAUACCGGAAGUCGAGAUAUCGAACAACAGCAAACUGAGGAUAUAUUGCUUCUUCCGCCUCUUCGACCAAGAGUUAUAAUGGCAUCCGGAAGUAAGCCAGUCCAUCGCAAGGUCAAGCCCAUUCAAGGCGAUGCCGUCUUAGUGGACCACCUCGGAAACGGCACACAGCCAGAUGUCGCCCAGGCCGACGCUCUAGAACCCCUAAACUCCAAUAACAAGCCCGUCAAGUCGAUUCCGGCAGCCUGGCUUCAUGAUGAGAGCGGCGCAGACGACAAUUUGAUGCGAGACUUCACCCCUAGGUACCCUCGACCUUUUGCAGGAAAAAGCGGGGUUUCCCGAGAAGAAGCGUACGAAGAGGCGGAACAUGACGACCGGCAUCGCAGAACAACUCUUGGUUUCUUGGACCUUGCCCAACGGAAGUAG